CAGGCGGGGCUCAGCUGGACUGCCGCUGGGGAUUCUGGGCCAAGAUGGCAGCGAUGAGGAAGGCGCUUCCGCGGCGACUGGUGGGCUUGGCGUCCCUCCGGGCUGUCAGCACCUCAUCUAUGGGCACUUUACCAAAGCGGGUGAAAAUUGUGGAAGUUGGUCCCCGAGAUGGACUACAAAAUGAAAAGAAUAUCGUAUCUACUCCAGUGAAAAUCAAGCUGAUAGACAUGCUUUCUGAAGCAGGACUCUCUGUUAUAGAAACCACCAGCUUUGUGUCUCCUAAGUGGGUUCCCCAGAUGGGUGACCACACUGAAGUCUUGAAGGGCAUUCAGAAGUUUCCUGGCAUCAACUACCCAGUCCUGACCCCAAAUUUGAAAGGCUUCGAGGCAGCGGUUGCUGCUGGAGCCAAGGAAGUAGCCAUCUUUGGAGCUGCCUCAGAGCUCUUCACCAAGAAGAACAUCAAUUGUUCCAUAGAGGAGAGUUUUCAGAGGUUUGACGCAAUCCUGAAGGCAGCGCAGUCAGCCAAUAUUUCUGUGCGGGGGUACGUCUCCUGUGCUCUUGGCUGCCCUUAUGAAGGGAAGAUCUCCCCAGCUAAAGUAGCUGAGGUCACCAAGAAGUUGUAUUCAAUGGGCUGCUACGAGAUCUCCCUGGGGGACACCAUUGGUGUGGGCACCCCAGGGAUCAUGAAAGACAUGCUGUCUGCUGUCAUGCAGGAAGUGCCUCUGGCUGCCCUGGCUGUCCACUGCCAUGACACCUAUGGCCAAGCCCUGGCCAACACCUUGAUGGCCCUGCAGGGAACAGGUUGAGCUGUGUGAUGUCUGGCAGUAGCUUCCCGUGACCUCCCUCUUCCAUCAGUUAUUUCGGAAAUAUGGAUCGAUGUGCCAGGUUAAGUGCUGACUUAGACAACAGUAACAAGACCCAAUCCCUGCCGUUUGGGAACUCAUGUUAUGGUGGGUGGGGAAGACGGAUGGAAGAUUACAGGCAUGUAAAUAACACAUUGUAAGACCAUUUAUUCACCUAUUAAAACCUAACCUAACAGUGCCUAGUGUGCUAGGCACUGUUCUCAGCAUUAAGGAUUCAGCUGUGACCAAAACAGAGUCUCUGACCUCACGAGGUUGACACUCUAAUACGAUGAGACAGAUAAUAAAUAAACAAACAUACAGCAGGCCAGGUGUUCAUAAACACUGGAGAAAAAAUGAAGCAGGUUAAGGCAGUGCUAGGCCUUUCUGUAGAUUGGCCUCACUCAGAAGGUAGCAUUUGAGAGAGACCUGAGGGAAGCGAGUGAGUGAGGCCUGCGGACCCCUAGCAGGGAGGGGGAGGGAAGGGAGCCCCACCCAGGAAAGCAGGCGCAGAGCCCCUGAGGGAGGCGUGUGCUUGCUGUGUUCAGGGAUCAUGAGGAGGCAUGUGGCGGGAGAAGUGUGACCAAGGAGAGAGGGGCAGAGAUGUCAGGGUUAGAGGAAGGCCAGAUCGGGGGCCUUGUAGGACUUUGACUCUUUCAGACUGAGCUGGGAAGCUAACAGAGUCUUGAGCAGGGGCGGGGAGAGAGAUAAUCUGAAAUGUUCCCUUUGAGAGGCUUCUCGGCCAGGCAUGGUGGUUCACACCCGUAAUCCCAGCACUUUGGGAGGCUGAGGCAGGUGGAUCACUUGAGGUCAGGAGUUUGAGACCAGCCUGGCCAACAUGGUGAAACCCUGUCUCAACUAAAAAUAUAAAAACUAGCUGGGCGUGGUGGCAUGAGCCUGUAAUCCCAGCUAUUUGCGAGGCUGAGGCUUGAGAAUCACUUGAGCCCGGGAGGUGGAGGUUGCAGUGAUUUGCAGUGAGCCGAGAUGGCGCCAGUGCACUCCAGCCUGGGCAACAGAGUGAGACUUCUUAUCAAAAAAAAAAAAAAAAAAAAAAAAAAAAGAGGCUCCUCUGGGUGCUGUGUAGAGAAUACACUGUAGAGAGACAGAAGAACCAGUUUGGAGCCUACAGCAAUCCAGGUGAGAGACAUGGCAAGGAGGCCUGGAGGGCAGAGGUGCGUGACUGGAUCUCAGCAGUUCGUGUUCUGAUCUGUGAAGCUCGAGACAUCUAUAGGCAGGUAUGUUAACCUGGGUGCAGUUAACUGGGAGUGAGUGGAGAUAGAGAAGCUGUCUGAGGAGUGAGCAGUAAGGGCUCCAGCCGAGAUCAGGGAGGUGAGGAAGAGCCAGCAAAGACUGGCUCGAGGCCUCAGGAGACUCCAGAGCACUAGGAGGAAAACCAAGGGAUGUGGAGCCCUGGAAGCCACAUGGAGAAGGUGUCCAAGAUGAUGCGGCUAGUCAAGUGCAAAGAUGAAGAGACUUGACCUUUGUACUUAGCUACAGGGAGGCCACCAGUGGCCUUGACUAGAGCUGUUUCAGUGGAGGAGUCGUGGGGACGCAAACCUGUUUCGAAUGGGUUCAAGUGAGAAUGGUAGAUGUUAAAUGGGAACAGCUCUUUUGAGGGACUUUGCUUUGAAUGGGGGGAAAGAAAUAGGAGGUUAGAGGGUUCCAAAAAGGUUUGUAAAAGAUGGGAGAGAUCGCAGGCUGUGUGAGGAUGACCCAGUGGAGGGGAGUAACAGGUUGCAGCAGAGAGGGAGAGACUUACUGGAGCACAUCCUGAAGCAGGUGGGAAUGGGCCUCACGCCAAGGUGGAGGGGUUGGCCUUGGCUAGGAGCUCGGGGUCCAUCUCAGGCAGCAUGAGGGACAGUGGGUCUGUAGGCCCAGAUGUAGGCAGGUGGGUAGAUGUGACAGUGGGAGUCAAUGGAGACAUCUCUUUUGAUUGCAUCCGUUUCCAUAAAGCAGCAGAUGAGAAUGAGGAUGGGGAAGGGAGUGAUAGAGGUUUAAGAAGAGAGGAGAAAGUGAAAUAGUCAUUUGGGAGAGUGGGAGGUGACUGACCUGGGAAGAUGGGAUAUGGCCCUCGUGUGGCAAGGGCCCUGACUGAGAGUAG